CCUGAAAUAUCCACCAAAGGAACCUUUUCUAGUACAUUUCCACAAAUUCACACGCACACGCACUAACAAAAGGUUAGUUACUUGUCCAUAUAAUUAUACCAAAAUAUAAGUGGAGAACCAUUAAACCAAAAAAGCAAGAUUCUCUAGAGAGAAAAGCAGAGCUAGUUAGAAUGGGGAACAACAUAGGAGGAAAUAAGAAGAAGACAAAGGUGAUGAAGAUUAACGGCGAAAUCUUGAAACUAAAGACACCAGUAACAACCUUGGACGUAGUAAAAGACUACCCAGGUCAUGUUCUAUUAGAAUCAGAAGCAGUGAAGAAGUUUGGCGUCAGAGCUAAGCCACUAGAACCAGAACAAGAACUGAAGCCAAACAAAAUAUAUUUCCUAGUAGAAUUGCCUCUGUUUCCUAAAGAAGAAAUUAGUAGGGUUCCAAGAAGAGUGAAAUCUGCUGUUCAGAUGAGCGCAAAGGAUCGGCUCGAGUGUCUCAUGUUAACACGAAGAUCGGCUUCUGAUUUGUCGAUUUCGAAGCCGAAUAAUGGACCUGUUCAGUUGAAGAUGAAGCUGCCGAGGAGUUUAGUUCAGAAGCUGGUAGAAGAAAGCAGAGAUGAAACAGAGGUGGCUGAGAAAAUUAUGGAUCUUUGUAUGCCAAAUUCCAGUUAUGGCAGUUAGUUUUUGCUUGGUUUGCACCUCUUAGCUUUUUUUCUUUUGGUUUGGUUGUGAAGUACAGAGGAUAGGGUCAAAUUUAGUUUCAAGAAUUGCAUAUAAUUUUACAGGACCUUCUGCUUGUUUUUGUUUUUGUUUUGAUGGAACGAUCUGUUUAUUUGGUGGUAGUGUUGCUAUAUGUAUUGAUUUUCUUGUUCAAUUUUUUUUAACCUUCUUUUUCUCUAUUAACAAAAGGAUUAUAAGUUUAAAUUAGGAAAAUAAGGUUGUCGUAAUUUGGUGGUUUGGUUGGGAGUUGAGGAUUGAGAUUUGAGACCA